UGCGCUCCAUCGCUGCGCUGUCACUCUGACAGUGACCUCUGUCAGACGAGUGAUGCUGCCUCUGUGGAUUAAAAUGCACAGGAGCGCAGCCUGUCUGUGGGACUGGACCUUCAAAAAGUCACAUAGACCAGAGAUGGGUCUGAUACCGUCCCUCAUUCUGAAUGCUCUAAUGCGGACACGCGUGAUCCAAGCGCACCCCUGUCCCCGGUUCUAAUCAAAUAAUUCCAAAGAAACUUCCACGGAAUAUUUUCUAUAUUUUAUUAUAUCACCGUUUCCAUCCCUGCUCCUACAUAAAGCUCCACCUCCUUCUCAGGGCGGAGCGGGUAUCUGUCACAUUUUUUCUGUUUUAGAAAAAAAGAAGACACGUGGUUGUUACAAACCUCUCUCAGGACACAGCAGGGAGGCGGAGGUGGAGAGAAGCGGGCGCAGUCGGGAUGGAAGAGGACGAGAUGAGCAGGGAGUCCGCUCUCCAACCGUGGAAAUUCUAAUGCUGAUGCGCAUCCUGGACAUUUUUUUGGAAGUUUUUGAACUGAAAAGACUGCACAUUCCUGUCGCUGUCUCUUUUUCUCCCCGAGGAAACGACCUUAAUACAAGAUGUGGAAUACUGCAGGUGAGGAGAGAAGCGCAGCACCGUUCGGCGUAGAGUUCGGGUGAGAAAUUUGCGCAUUGAAGUCCUAAAGGGAUAAUUACGCACGAUAUUUCGAUUUGUCUUAAGUCAUAUUUUGACUAAAGGAAAAGAAAGAAAAGAACUCUCAAAAUGGAUUUUGUGAACAGCUCGUUCCUGGAGGACAGCCUUGAGGCUGAAAACAUCUCCUCCAACGCCACUUCUCACAGCCAGUACACCCAGCUCGCUAUCUGGGGUCUGGCUGGGCUGGUCGGCUUCCUGAUUUUAUUCACAGUAGUCGGGAACGUCUUGGUUGUCAUCGCCGUUUUAACAAGCAGAGCACUGAAACCCCCCCAGAACUUGUUCCUGGUCUCUCUGGCCAGUGCAGACAUACUGGUGGCCACCCUGGUCAUGCCCUUUUCUCUGGCAAACGAACUCAUGGGCUACUGGUUCUUUGGAAAAAUCUGGUGUGACAUCUACCUGGCUCUGGACGUCCUGUUCUGCACCUCUUCUAUUGUCCAUCUGUGUGCCAUCAGUCUGGACAGGUACUGGUCGGUGACCCAGGCUGUAGAGUACAACCUGAAAAGAACUCCCAAAAGAGUCAAAGGCAUGAUUGUGGUGGUGUGGCUGAUCUCCGCCGUCAUUUCCUUCCCACCCCUGAUAUCCCUGGACAGGAGCAACAACGAGAACAGUCCUCAGUGUAUCCUGAACGACGACACCUGGUACAUCCUCUACUCCAGCAUCGGAUCGUUCUUCGCACCUUGUGUCAUUAUGAUUCUUGUAUAUAUUCGUAUCUACCAGGUGGCAAAGACCAGGACCAGGACAAUGUCAGAGAAAAAGAGGGAUGUGGACUCUCCACUGGAGAACGGCAUGGACAAAGCAGAACCAGGGGGGUCGUUACCAUCAAACAGAGGUGGGAGCGCCAAAGUUCAGGAGCGUGAGAAUGGGCACUGUCAGGAUCAGACAGCUCAGUCCCCUCUCCCCAAUCAGCCCCAACAUGGACUGCCAGACCACGAUGAUGACUUUGACGACAGCAGCUCAUCAGAUGAAAAACCGAAAAAAUGUUCCCGGUCCUCCAAACAUCACGAGGACAGAAAGUCCAGUCGGAAGUCUAGUAGGAAGAGCAGCUCCGCCUCCAAAUAUUCCAGCAGGAAAUCUCGUGCAAGUUCCAAGUCCAUCGACUUGUUCUCUUCUCGGCGUAAGCGCCGUAGCACCGUCAAUCGAAAGAAAGUGUCUGCUGCCAGGGAGAAACGCUUCACCUUUGUCCUUGCCGUGGUCAUGGGAGUCUUCGUUGUGUGCUGGUUUCCCUUCUUCUUCUCCUACAGCCUGUACGGUAUCUGCAGAGAGCCUUGCCAAAUCCCCGAGACCUUGUUUAAGUUCUUUUUCUGGAUUGGUUACUGUAACAGCUCCUUAAACCCCGUCAUCUACACCAUUUUCAACCAGGACUUUCGCAGAGCCUUCCAGAAGAUUCUCUGUAAGUCCUGGAAAAGCUCCUUUUGAAAGCAAAAAAACCUUUAAGACUGUUUUGAGCCUCAUGACUAAGAGCUGGACUCAAGUUCUUGCUUGCUUUUACAUUCAGGGAUUGCAGUGUGGAAUCACAGCCGUGAACGUUUGAAUAGAACGUUAAAUAGAGGUUCAUGCAGUGGGUUUUCAUGAAAAGCCAUUCAUUCACUUCAGUGUCCUUCAUCUAAUCAAACAAACUGACUGCACAGGUAAUUGUGCUGCAUAACAACGCUGUGGCUGCACUCGAGGCACUGUACAGGAGGCCAAAGGUCACCACAAACUUGUCAUUAGCGAUGUCGCCUCAUCUACUCAGUAUUCUGGUGGCCUUGACAAUCUCCACAACAUAGUUGUUUGGGAGGUGAGAUGGUGGACGUGCUCUCCGUUUUUUUCUGUCUUUCUACUUCUUUCCCUCCAACAUUCUUUGUGAAGUCACUCUGUGUAAAUGUGGACCAAUGGGAUAAAGGGGCUCCUUGCUGUUUGGUAGCAAAACUGUUUCUAUUAAGGAAAACCACACACUUGUGUUCAACCUUCAUGUUGCUGUUGUUGACGUGUGAUGUUCCCAGAAUAUGAACUGGGAGAAGAAAAAAACAAACCCAUUUAGAUUCAAUUAGAUUUUCUCUUUUUUGUCUUUAUCCGUCGACCUGUAGAGUGUAACGGCGUCUUAGACCAUUUCCUCUCUCAGGCCUGUUUCCAUCCUUCUUCUGCUCCCUCUAGAUGGAAAAGAGAACUACUGCUGAGACAGACGGUCACCCACUGCAGUGUGUGAAGUGUGUGUGCGUGUGUGUAAGAUUGUACAGAAAGACCUGUAAGCCCUGUGCUGAACACAGUUAUCACAUCUUACCCUGAAAUGCCACUGACGAUUUUGGUGUGUACUGUAUGUGUGUACUACUUCUGUUAACCUCUUUAAGACCACAUCGGUUUGUGAUGACCAGUUGAACUAAAAGAAACCCGAUCCUGGUCCCAGUGAACCAAAACAACCACAGGAUGAAGAAGCUGAACGUGAAGAGAAGUCAAAGCAGAGACCUGACAAGUAUAUAUACGUGUGAAGCUGGGUGUGGGUGUGUAUGUGGUCUAGCGAUACUUGUGUGGGCAUUUUUUUUAGGUCCCCACUAAGCUCAAGGGUAUUUCAAGAUUGAAGAUGAGGUCAGUAGAAUUAAGAGCAGGUUAGAGUUUGGGUAAUGGUUAAGGUUAGGGUGGGGGUUUAGAAACGCAUUAUGUCUUUGUGAAGUCCUGAUCAUUCAUGAAAACCAGACGGUGUGUGUGUGUUUGUUCUCAAAUGGCCUGCUUGUCUCAGCUCAAAUGUCCUUCUUUUUUAUUCUUUUUUUUUUACUACACUAAUCUUUUUUUUCCCUUUCACGCUCAGCCACAGUGAACAACCAACCCCCCCGCCCUGCUGCCAUUUUAAUGUCUACUGCUCUCUCUCUCUAUCUCUCUCUCUCACACACACACACACAUAUAUAUAUAUACACACACGUGGAAGCAUGUGCAUAUUGUGUUUUUUAUCCACAAGGACAUAAAACGACUUAUACUGUGGAUUAUUUCAUCUGUACAUUUCUACCCAGAGGGGCUGAAGUCGGUUUCUUUAGUGUAAAUAUGGCUGACGUACUGAGUCCAGUGCUAUUGUGUGGCAGCUCAUAACCACACCUGUAUCUAUAUGGUCUGUAAUAUUUGUAAUGAACAACACCCUGAAGAACUCUGUGUUUUUUCUUAAAGAACACGUGUUUUUCUCCCUGGCGUUACAGAGCACACAUUGGAAAAGAUCAAAUAAAGACUUCACUGCUGUGACAUUGAUUUUGUUUGUUUUUUUAAGGAUAUGUCAUUACUUUCUCUCCAUCAGUCCAAAAAAUCUCUGUGUUAAACGUGAGGUUUCAUUGGACACCUGUCUCUGUCUCUGUACAACAAAUAAAUCAGAUGAGCUUCCUGAUACAACCCCCGCCACAACAACCUGUUGUCCCUGGGUGUCAGAAGUCAGCGACGAGUUAUUGCUGAGGUCUGACCUCCAGUUCCACAGACUUCUCCAGUUGUAACUUAAAGACACGUUCCUGUGGUAAAACAGGGCAGGUAACCAUUCUCUGACCCACUGACAGGAUGUAUUAGGGUCAAAGGGCAAAGAGUAUUAUGUUGAAUGAAAAAAUAUUCAAUGACUGUGCAAAGUAGUUCAUUUCUAUGAAAAAGACAGAGCCCUGCCAUUCCUGAGAUUCAAACAAACAACCCUUGGAUCACACGCUCUAACCACCAGGUUACAGGUGACAGGAACACAAAAGACACUUUUUAAAGAGUAAUUGAUUAGAACCUGCAUCUGAAGGCUGUGUUAUUAUAAACUUUGUGCCUCCGACAUGAGCCGAAGUGCUUUAUAAUGAUUCUGACUCCAACACUGCCUGUGGAGACCUUGGCUUGUGUCAGUGAAGAUGAAGCUACUGUAUUAUCUGAGUUAAAGUAUUAUCCUCCAUUCAGAGGCAGCACUGACUCUCCACCUAGUCUACUGUUUUUCUGAUUUAAACUAUUUCUCUUUCCUGAACAGUAUUGUAUGGUGUAGCUUCUCACAAAUAUAUAAAAUGAUUUAUACUAAUUCCCUCAAACUGGAUCUGGCUUACAAAAGUAAACUAACAUGAUUAAAAACAUGUCUUAUUAUUACAAACAUAUAAUUUGAACUGUGGUGGGUGUGUCCAGUCUGUGGAGACACGGUGGAGCAGCUCUCCAGUCAGUCCAUAAGCAGAGGUCAGCGGUGUCAGUUAUUAGCCCAACGGUGUGUGUGCCCAUUCAUGGCGGCACAUUUACUCAGUCUGGUUAAUGGAAAAGUAGCUCAUCGGAGACCUGGACGUUCAGUCAAAGGUCAGCGGUGGACGAGGGUUUACCAGGAAGGCUGGUCACUCUCUGUUGACCUCCUACAAAGUGGACA